GUUAAAUCCCAGCAGGAAGAAUUUAGACCGGUUUCAUGGCUCCAGGAUGGAGGGGUUCCUGUCCACCUUUCCACAGUACAAUGUCUGCGCUCUCCCAGCUCAGGACGGCAGUUGGGGUAAGAGAGAGGGCCGCUUCAUCACCCCCCAGGGCCUCAACUACCUGGAGCUCUGCAAGGCCAUCAUAUCUCAGGUCAACCCCAGUUUAGCCCCUCCACUCAAGAAGGCAAACACCAAAGAGUGCGGCGUGCAAGUGAACGCCAAAGUGGAUAAAAUGGUCCAGUGCUCGCUGGGUCCCAAGACGCUGUUCUGCUCGGAGGGCGACCAGCAUGAGUCCCCGGAGAGCCCGAAGAGCCCGAAGAGUCCGGAUCUGUUGAAGCAGGAGUGGAAGGCGCCGUGCCACACACCGCCGGUGAGCACCCUGCGCUUCCUGCGGCCCGUUUCCAUCUACUCGCCGGUGUUUGACCGCAGGAUCCACCUGAGGAAGCUCUGCGACGAAGAGGGGGAAAGUGAAGGAGAGGCUGAGGGCGUCGAGCAAGCCGAGUCCGACAAGGAUGCUGAGGACACAGAGGGGGACGUCAAGGCGACCUUUCACCGGUCUUCAAAGGGGUCAAACUUCCAGUUCCUGGAGCAGAGGUAUGGCUUUUUCCACUGCAAAAAGUGCAACAUCCGGUGGGAGAGUGCUUAUGUGUGGUGCAUCUCUGGAACCAGUAAAGUGUACUACAAGCAGCUCUGCCGGAAGUGUCAGGUGGGGUUUAACCCCUACAGAGUGGAGUCCAUCCUCUGCAAGGGUUGCUCUCAGACUUGCUGCAGCUGUGAGAAGAAGCUGAGGCACAUUAACAUGAAGAGGCCUCACCGCCAGGACCUGUGUUGUCGCUGCAAAGGCAUGAGGCUGUCCUGUGACGCCACCUACAGCUUCAAAUACAUUGUCUGAGCUGCCUCUGAUCUGGAAUCACCCAUUCCUCAUGUAGAUCUGAUGGCACUUGGCAGAUGUGUAGUAUCUGUACAUGUCACAAAUGGAAGUUGCCUCCAGUAACGGACUUGAAGAGAUUAAUUUAUUCUCCUGCCAGCGAGUAGAUUAAUCUCUGCUUUGGUUGUUUUAUUUGAAGCAACUUCCCUCAAAGGCUGUCAUUUGUGUCCCUUCAUGAGUCCUGGUGCUUAACUAUGAAAAUUGUUUUGGUAAAAAUAAACUAUUGAAUUUCAAAAGUU